CAAAAAAAAAAAAAAACCAACCAAAAAAACCAAACCCAAACAAACCACCCACUUGGAUAAUUAAAACGGUUUUUGGCAGUAUCCAGUGUUGCCAAGGGUGAUUUAAUUCCCAACUUCCAGCCCAAUCCCCAGGCUUCCUGGCACAGAGACAGCUUUUCCAAGGCUAACUCAAACACAGGAGAUGCUUGCUCUCUAAUGCUCCACCACGGUACUUUUUAAAUUCUGAACUCAGCAGAAGACCUUCCUGCGAGAAUAGCUUCUCUGAGCUUCCCCACAGGGCUUUCACGCCACAGUUCACAGAUGAAGAGGCAACGGGAGGACAUACACCACCUCCGGCCGUGCUAGAGAUCAGAAGCACUGGAGCUGAAAAGCAAAUCUCUUACCUGGGAGAUGCAUCAGGAACGAUUUGCUGCUGGGUUCUUUGCUGCAGAGCUAAUGGCCAGCGCUCAUUGCUCAAACUACUUGCAGACUGUAGAGAGAUGGGCAGGGGAAAUGCAACCAACUCACUGCUGCCAACAGAAUCCCCGCUGCAGAGGAGGAGCACACUGAUGCAUCACCUCCACCCCUCUGCCAACAAACUCUUCUGAGACCAGUUUCUCCCUCAAAGCUGUUCUGGUAACUGCUACUGAUAAAUACCACCUUUAAAGGGGAACAUGGAUUUAAUAAACUCAACUGAACAAAACAGUACAUCAGAAGAACUAUUCAAAUGGGUGACAUCCAAGAUUCUCAUUUCCAUUACCCUGUCUGUGCUUGCACUAAUGACAACGGCCAUCAAUUCUCUUGUGAUGACUGCAAUAAUUGUGACAAGAAAGCUCCAUCACCCUGCCAACUACUUAAUCUGCUCUCUUGCAGUGACUGAUUUCCUCGUGGCAGUCCUAGUGAUGCCCUUCAGCAUUGUCUACAUUGUAAAGGAGACCUGGAUCAUGGGGCAAGUGGUGUGUGACAUUUGGCUAAGCGUGGACAUUACGUGCUGCACAUGUUCCAUCUUGCAUCUCUCUGCCAUUGCUUUGGACCGGUACAGAGCAAUCACAGAUGCAGUGGAAUAUGCACGGAAAAGGACACCUAAGCAUGCUGGCAUCAUGAUUGCAGUGGUAUGGAUCAUAUCCAUUUUUAUCUCCAUGCCACCUUUGUUCUGGCGGCACCAGACAACCAGCAGAGAUGACGAAUGCAUCAUCAAACAUGACCACAUUGUUUUCACCAUUUACUCUACCUUCGGCGCCUUCUAUAUCCCACUGGCCUUGAUUCUGAUCCUUUAUUACAAGAUAUACAAGGCAGCAAAGACAUUUCACAGAAGAAGCGUCAGCCGGAUUGUAAGGGAGGAGGUAAAUGGACAAGUCCUUUUGGACGCAGGUGAAAGAAGCACCAAAUUGGCUUCAAUGCCCAGCACAACAGAGAAGACAUCAGAUCCCCUGGUGGACAGUGAUAAAAGCAAUAUCACCCUACGAAGCCCCAGGUCUGAAUCUAAGCACGAGAAGUCCUGGAAAAAACAAAGAAUCUCUAGCACAAGAGAGCGAAAGGCAGCAACUACGCUGGGUCUGAUCUUGGGGGCAUUUGUGAUCUGCUGGCUCCCUUUUUUUGUAAAAGAGGUAGUUGUUAAUACCUGUGAAAGAUGUCACAUCUCAGAAGACAUGUCUAAUUUCCUAGCAUGGCUGGGAUAUAUAAAUUCCCUUAUUAACCCUCUAAUCUACACAAUCUUUAAUGAAGAUUUCAAGAAAGCCUUCCAGAAGCUUGUGCGGUGUAGGCAAUAUCUUUAAGAGCUAUUAUUCAUAUAAGGAGAACAUACUCAUUGUUUUUUUAACCUGUAUAAAUUUAUAUAACUGAGAUGACAUUUGUUGUAUUUAAGGAAAAGCACCCAGACUCUGCAUUUACAUUCUGACUUUUUUGUAUCAGUAGUAUCGGGAGGAUAAGUUGCCCAAGUUUUAAAGAGAUGGAUCAUCUGGGAUCAGUUUUGCUCUGGAAAAAACAGGUAGCAUAUUGUGGCUCUGAACCAGUUGGGAUUUGCACAGCUGCCUAGCUUGAAGCAUAAGGUAUUACCUUAAAUAUGAAGGAAACACACAUUUGAAGUAGACAAAGAAACAAAAUUUAAAAAAAAAAACAACAAAAACAAAACCAAGUAACCCUCAGUCAUCAAUGAAGUUUUAAGUAAAACAACACACAGGUUUUAGACCCUAAUGGCAAAUAAGAAGGUAGAAAAUACACCUUGGAAUUAAGACAUGAUUUUAUCAGUUUGGCACAGGCCUGCAGCAUAGAGCCAAGCCAUCCCCAGGGAAGGGUGGUAGCUUUAGACAUACCUAGCAUCAUCCUAUGUUGAUUAGCUGAGUGCAGCUGCAGCCCUGCCUUCUCCCAUAGAUGAAGGACUUCCCUGUGUUAUGCCUUUGCAGCACCCCAGCAGCAGGCAAGGUGCUUUCGUGGGUUACCCGUUUCAUAGCAAGCCAGCGUUGUGAGCCCUCUGGCAUUGCACACCCCUGACAGGCGUGGGCACAGCUCUGAGGGAAACAGCUGGUCCUCCUUAUGGAGAUGUUCAAAGGGAAAGAAGCAUGAGAUGCUCCUUUCCUCAUGUCCUCAUCCCUACCUUAUGCACCUGGCCAGGCACAGCCCCUGUGACUUUCAGCAAUAAACCCAGCCAUACAGUUUGCAGCAGCACUGCUGUUGGUGGGCAGCUUGGUGAGGUUUGGUCAAGGGCCACCUAAUGAAGAACUCAGGCUGGCAGCUCUGUCUCAGCAUGUUCAGCCCUCCAACCCUAGGAGCCUGAGGUCCCCCAAGUCUUUUCUUGACUGACUCAAGCACUGGGGCUGUGCACCCUCUGUCCUAGCAUGUGAGAAAGCAGAGACCAACCACUGUGCUGGCAGCGCGGGUCUCUGGAAAAGGCCGUGCAGCAGCUUCUCCAGUAAGGGCAGGGGGAGUGACCUCAGUACAUGGUGCACGCCUGGAGAGGGGAUCCCAUGGGAUGCUCACUGGCUGGCAUCUCUAAACCCCUCCUUCCCCCAGAGUAUCCAGUCCAUGUCCCCAGUCACAGCAGAGCUCAAAGGACCUUGUAGGCACUCCAGCCAGUCCUGGCCAGCUGGUUCAGUCAAAGAUAACCACAAUGAACAAAUACUUUCAUAGGCUGUCUUCUAAGGCCUCAAAGACAGCACCUUGGCCAAUCCUCAUUUCCGUCCUCUAGAUGCCAAGCCACAGCGCUAAUGACUGCAAGAACAGCCCUUGCCUCAGACCAGCAGUGCAGGUUUGCCAACAGCCAAAGGUACUAACAGAGCAGUGGGCAUUUACCCCUGAGUGCAGAUGAGUCACUAAGAGCCAUGCCUGAACCCAGGGAUGGGCUGUGCACUUUUCAGGGCAAACACAUUCAGGCUGUGUCACUAAGACCCCAGCUUUGUAUUCACUGCCAGCCAUUCAAUGCUGUCUCAAAGGAACAGUGACGUGAGGCU